AUGCGACCGUUGCAGCAGCUUUCCCGAUCUUCGUUCAACGUCCUUCGUUCACGCUUUGUACAUACAAUGGCUCCAGUCCCUGAUUCUCGUCCUAUUGUUAUCUCCGGCCCCUCCGGCGUCGGAAAGGGAACUCUCUACGGCCGCUUGUUCCAAAACCACCCCGACACAUUCACUCUUUCCGUUUCGCACACCACACGUGGUCCCCGCCCCGGUGAGACCGAUGGUGUCCACUACCACUUCGUAACAAAGGAGGCGUUCGAGGCGCUCAAGGCAGCUGAUGGGUUCGUCGAGAGCGCCAAGUUUGGCGACAACUACUACGGUACCUCAAAGCAGACGAUCGAAGAGCAAAAGGCCAAGGGCAAGGUGACCGUGCUUGAUAUCGAGGUCGAAGGCGUGAAGCAGAUCCAGGCGCAAAACUACCCCGCGCGGUAUGUCUUCAUUGCGCCGCCUAACGAGGAGGCGCUGGAGCAGAGACUGAGAGGGAGAGGCACCGAGAGCGAGGAGAGCAUCCAGAAGAGGCUAAAGCAGGCCAAGGUUGAGCUCGAGUAUGCCAAAGUGCCUGGAGUGCAUGAGAAGAUCAUUGUCAACGAUGAUCUGGAAAAGGCGUACAAGGAGCUGGAGGAGUUUGUCUUUGCGGAAUCCAAGGCGUAAGGAAGGUUUGGAGUUCGAGUUGGUUGGAGUUGUAUAGAUGGAAUCCUUCAAGCUCAUCGUCAAUUUCGAACGCUAGCAUCCAAGUCCAUGUGCUCAUUCCAGAAGAAGGUCGCCACUGUUUAACAAUGCGGCUGACUACGAGGCAGUUGAAGAGGUGCAGGGGACUUGGAUCAUCUGUCGUCUCGACCUGCGAUUCCGCCUUUUUGCAUGUUCAAGUCGGUGUCUAUUGGUCUCAACCUACAAGCCGUACCCCAUGACAGACUGGUUACCGCCCUUCCGCUAUUCCUUUUGCUUUCCUUCCUCUGCUUAUACUUUGACUGGACCUCCUCCCUCUGCUUCGACGUGGCCAACUCGAAUUGCUUCUCUGAAGACGAACGACCACAGAGCACCCGCCAUUAACGCAAUCAACGAUGGACGGAACAUCUACAGAAGACUAUGCCCUCUCCGUAUGGUUGACGUUUUGUCUCUCGCCAUGGACAACACAUCUUUCAGCUCUACCACUCAACCAACCGCGAUCUUUGAGCUGUUCAGUCAAUUCCCCGCCGAGGUACAGUGCAGCGUCUUCGAACAAUUGCUCGACCUAGAAGGCCUAGGACGUGGCCCAGCAGUGCACUUUCUAACCGGUUUCCCUAGAACGUUGGCAAAGGCACUGUUCAGCUCUGACCCAGACGAGAGGAUGGAUACAAGGCUCAGGCAUAACUUUGCACAGGGCAUCGACUUUGUAACUCAUGAUACCAUGAGCCUUCUCGGAAAUUUCAAGCGCACAGAUCGGCGCGGACGAGAGUAUAUCCCAAACGCCAUCCCUCAUCACAUUCAUCUCCGACAAAUUGCCUAAACAUGUUCUCUCGCAAGGCAUGUAGUCCGAACUCACCGACAAAACAAGACACCAUUUGGCCCACACGGUGGCAGGUCUAUUCUCGUCAACGAAGAGGAUGACUUGUCUAUUUCGACAUCCUCGUCCUGUCAAGAAGCCCCGCUCAGACCGUGUUUUGCAUCUCAGAUCGGCGAACACCAUCAACGAAGAGCUGACGGACUGUCUGAUAAGUCCGGUCAUCAUGGUUCCUGGUGCAGAUCUUCUCAAGGCGUCCCCCGCUUGGAUGUGCCGGUCUGGGUGUCAAAGCUGACCGAUGGCGGGUGUCCAGGGUGGCAUUUCCAGCCGAAAUGGCAACGUGAUCUGGUGUAUUACAGUGAUAGCUCUUGCUUGGAAAGCGAUUCGGAAGAUUACGAUUCUAGCAAUUGGCCUAAGAAGGUGCCCUGUGACAGGUGCGGUCGCGUUAUGGGAGGACAUUUCAAGGUCACCUGGCCGGAGGAAUACGUACUACUGGCUGCCGCUUGGCUUCCUGCCCCCCAAAGCAUACACUAUGUUGUUCAUAACGAGAUUCCACCGCCGGGUUCACUCGGCUCUGAUUACGCCCCCUGGCUGGCCCUGGCAGGUCCGAGCCCGCAACAACCAGCCUUGGUGUUCGGAGAUAGUUGGGUGACGACCGCUACAGCAAUGUACCGACAUAAAGGAAAUCGCGAAAGC